AGGCAGAUAUGUACACGAACUGUCAACAUGGCCAAUCCUUUAAGAUAUGAAGUGUUGAAUCUUUACAAAAACCUGCUGUAUCUCGGGAAGGAAUAUCCCAAAGGGGGAAACUACUUUCGAAUCCGACUGAGAGCAGCUUUCUUAAAAAACAAGGACGAGAAGGAUCCCGAAAAGAUCAAACAACUCAUUGCCCGGGGAGAGUUUGUUAUGAAAGAGCUGGAGGCUUUAUACUUCCUCCGAAAAUAUCGAGCGCUGAAACAACGUUACUACGAGGACGACAGCAAGUGAUGUACAGUACCAUUUGAAAGGCCUGCCCAGGAGUGAUUAAUUAAAGCGUGGGGGGUCCAUCUGUAAUAAUAAUAAAACUUUGCCUUUGGAAUGAAA